AUGGCGGUGACAGAUCGCCUGGUUAUUAUUACAGCCGUGCUGCUAAACCGCAUUCCUGCCAUUUAUUUCCCGGGAAGUUUUCUGUCAAUCGCACCUGUGUGCAGUCUGAGCAUUGCAUUGAUUUAUACAUCCAGAGACACUUCUGUCUAUUUAACUGUCGCUGUCACCUUUGAAAGAUUUGUGGCCAUUUGUUGCCAAAAGCUGAAAAGGAAAUAUUGUACUGAGAAAGUGGCAGGCAUAGUUGGGAAUGUUUGUACACUGGGCUGUUUCAUUAAUAUUCCUUGGUAUUUUAUGCAUGAGCCAAUAUACGUCACUAGCAAUACACCGUGGUACUGCAAGCUGAAGGAAAUGCGUUAUACCUCAUUUAUAUGGGCAGCAUUUCAUUGGAUUGACCGCAUUGUAAAUCCUUGUCUCCCAUUCUUUCUGAUUAUUUUCCUCAAUGUUUUGACAGUUAGAAGCAUUUUGGCAGCCAGUGGAAUCCGCAAGAGGCUUCGGGCUCGUAGUAAUAGGGAGAAUCAGAGUGAUCCAGAAUUGGAGAGUCGGAGGAGGUCCAUUAUUUUACGCUUCACCAUCUCAGGCAGUUUUAUAUUAUUGUGGACAACUUAUGUUGCAUAUUUCUUUUUUGAGCGAUUUAUGAAGGAUUAUAAAUUUAAAGACUUCAAUGAUCCAAAAUUUAUUUUCCUGGAAAGUGCAAAUAUGCUUCAGCUAUUGAGUUGCUGUACAAAUACAUUUAUUUACGCAGUAACUCAGAAUAAAUUCAGAGAGAAGUUAAAAAAUUUGUUGAUACAUCCAUUUAUUAUUAUAUGUACAUUGUUCAAAAAGUAA